CGUUCUUCAGACCGGGGUAGGCCAUGGGGAGCAUUGGGCCUGGUCCGAAUAGACCGAGCAGAGGUAGAAUAAACAAACGUACCUAAUGCAAAACAAAAAAGUCGGUCUGUCGAGUCGUUGGACACGCGCGUAUUGAUGCCUCGGAGUGCCUUCAGUCUGGAAAGAACCACCCGUCUGCCAGAGUCGCGCUUGCCUUCUCCUCAAUUCUCGGCUUUGGGAACCACACAUCCUGGUCGAUUUCCUGCAUGAAAUACUGCCAUGAUUUUACGAGUGGGAGUAUGGGAAACGUAAAAGGACAAGGCAAUGGCCAGGCCCGUAAAGGGCAAAAACAUGACAUCUUCGGGCAGGGGACACCGUGCCUUCCAGAGGCGCGCGGAUCUUGUUCUUGGUUCGCGGACAUGCAAUCACACUGCAAGCUCCACAACGCACGACUAGUGAUACACUACCCAAUCUACUCUUUAGAAUCCAAAAGGCCUUUCCGAAAUUCAAAUUGUCACGCCAGUCAUCUCGCUGAUUGUAUAUCUGGUCAAACCCUCUCUUGCCCUCCUUCCUUGCCAGCCCUCAUUUUUCAUCCUCCCAACAGCCCAAAUCAUGUACCGACGACAUGUACCCCAGCUCUCCCAGCUCGAAACCCUUGGCACGAAAUCCAAAUCUGCUCGCUUGUCUCACAUGCCACGCGCUGCUCUUUCCAAAACGCUCAAACAUGCUGUCUUGAUGAAUGAUUUGCAUGUCUGAUGAAGAUGCUGAAAGUAGUGAGGGGUCGCUCCUACCAAACAGACUUUGCUUGACAUCAGUGACCAUCCACU